AUGUCUCUUCUUCGUCCGACUUCAACAACAACUUUGACGGUUCAAAUCUCGAAGACAUCUCUCUUCAAUAACAUGCUUCUCCUCACGUUCCUCGUUACUUGCUAUGCUGCUGGGUUGCCAGUGUUUCCCAACCAAGCAGUACUCAGACCAUCUCUAGCCCUUCCUGGUGACAACAGUCAUCGGUAUAGCUUGCCUAUGUUUGACCUUCAGCCCUGGGAGCGAGUAGAUGAGAUUCGUCUGGCGCGCAAGGGUUACCUUUACGGCUCCCCUCUGCUCGGAAACACAUCGUUCUUUCCUACCGGGGCUCUUGGGGAUGCAAUGGUCGCCCGGGACCGGGCUCAAUGGUUCAGAGAUGUGGGAUAUGUCACCAGUAAUGUGUAUCACGAGUUGGACCAGGCCGCUGCAGCAUUGAUGAAGGUUCGUUGGCAAAAUACACCAUGCGGAAGGAAGAACUCGACUAAUCGACCCAGGCGGGAGCAUACAGUCCCUCUCUAG